GCCUCCUCCGGCCCUUCGAUCUGGGACGAUGGCCAGGAAGAAGACGUCCGCGGCGGCGCCGCUGCCCAAACAGCCCUCGUCCGAUACGUUGGAGAACCUCAAGGAGCUGAACCGGCUCCUCCUCAAGGAGACGAUGGAGCGGCGGGAGCAAGUGACCGCGCUCCGGUCGAGCCUCCACCAACUCUCCCAUGACAGCUCCCUCUCCUCCGACCUCGAGCGUCGCUUCACCGGCCUCGUCGUCGCCUCCCGCCUCUCCGAGGUCGCCGCGGAGAUGGCGGCGGCGGAGGCAGCUCUGGUAACUGCGCGGGAGCGGUUGGAGUCGGUCUCCGAGGAGAAAGAUGCCCUCAAGAAGGCUUUAGAUGUUGCUGUGCUGGAGAGAGAUUCCGCCGUGGCGGAUCUCGAUGAAAACAAACGUCAGGCUGAGGCGCGAGUGGCCACCGUCGUUGAGGAAGCCGAUCGGACGAAGUCGGAUCUCGAACAGAGGAAGGCUUAUGUCCGAUCGCUGGAAGAUGAGAACACCACCUUGGAGGAGAAGAUUAAAUCGACGGAAGAAUAUCUGAGAAGCGCUAGUGACCAGUUGCAGUCGAUUAGAGACGAGAAGGGUGAGAUCGAGAUAAAUUUGCGGCAAGCAAUCCAGGAUAGGGACGCGUGCAAAAAGGAUCUCGAUGUCCUGUCAGUGGCACUUCAGACGGCUCAGGAGAAGGUGGAGAAUUCUCAAGCAGCUAAUAUUGCUCUCAGUGAGGAGAUUGCGAUCAUGCAGCGUGACUUCGAGGAAGACAAGACAAAGUUUGUUAAGGAGAUAGCUGGGCUUAAGGAAAGGGCUCACAGCAUUGACUGCAAGAAGGAAGAGCUCGAGCAAGAAAAAACUAUUCUUGAGACCGAGGUUGCUGGUCUGAGGGGGAGGGUUUCUGAGCUCGGGGCCAUCGUGCAGCAAAGGAUAGCAUUGGAAGAGAAGUUGAGUUUGGCAGAGGAAGCUCUCAGGAGAACCAAUGAGCGUUUGGACUUCGUCACCGCAGAGACGGAUGAUGUCAAGAAGGCUCUGAAACAAGCAAUCUCGGAAAGAGAUUUGAGCCAGGUAAAGCUUGCCGAAGAGGAGAAGUUGAAAGCUACCGCAAGGAAGGAGACAGAGAGGUUAACAAAAGAGCUUGGCUUUCUUGAGAAAGAGAAGGAAAGACUGCAGCUUGACAAUGAGGCACAAAAAAGGGACCAUGUAAAGGAGCUUGAUGGUCUGAGGGACACGGUGAAAAAGAUUGAAGAGGAGAAGGAUGAGAUCCACAGAUUGAGAACCGAGCAGAAGGUGGAGAUUGCUAAUCUUCAGAUGGAGGUGGCGAAGCUUCUAUCCAGUGUGUCUGAGCUUCAAGAGUUGUGCAGGACCAACACCGAGUGCAAUUUACAGCUGCAAGCUGAGAAAGAAUCAGCCUUGAGAGACCUUGAUCUCGAGAAGGCAGGAGUGGAUGGCCUAAGACUGCAGAUCGAGGAGCUAAAGAAGAGCAAGGAUGAUGCCCAUGUUGAGGUCUCGGAAAUUAAGGCAUCACUCAAUUGCCUUAUAGCGGAGAAUAAGAAUAUGAAACUGGAAUUUGAUUCAUUGGAUAAAGAAAAGGCUUCACUGGAAGAGAAACUGGACAAUACAUUACAUGUGGUCGAGGAAAUGGAGGCAAAGGCCAGAACUGCUGAUGAAAACUUUAACAGGGUCCUGUUCCUCUUGAAGGAUAACGCAGAUGUUAUGGAUGGCUUGGGGGAAGGUGAAGAGAAUGGUGUUGGACAGGAAAUUGGCAGUGAAAGGGAGUUGGAUGCCAUCGUGAUGACUCUCAAGAGCAAGGCGGCAAAGACCGAGGACAUGGACAGAGAGAUCAAGGUCUUGCGCGGUGCCAUUGCUGUGGCCGAGAAGAAGGGUGGAGGAGUGUGGACUUGGCUGUAUCCUACUGUUGCUACUUGUAUUGCUGCUAUUUCUUUUGCCUAUGCAACCAAGAGCGGUUAACAUCCGAUUUUACAGAUUAGCAUCUAACAUCGGAAACAAUAAUGUAUUUUGUUGUUCCUCGAUAUCUUUGUCAUGGAGGAAAAAACUUUUAGCUGAAUCUUCAACAAUGUCAAGCAUUUUCUUGCUGCCAUUUGUUUUGCCUACUAAUCUCUGUUGUCAAACAUUUUAUCUUCUAUCGGUGAAACCACUUGUUAUCUUGUUUUAA